GCAAAAAUUCAAAACAAAACUUUCACACUCUAAUCCGAGGGGAAUGCAAACUACUUUUUCCUACUUCAAGCCCAAAGAAAGGUGAAAUUUUGAUUUAUUUUAUAAACAUUUUUAUAAUUUUUCCUGUCUAAACAGUUUCCUACUAAUUUUUUAAUUCACUAAAAAUGUCACAAUACACAGAAGAAUAUUUGAAGAACAAAUUAACCGAAAAACUUAACUGCACACAUGUCGAAGUAAUAGACCAAAGUGACGGUUGCGGUGGAAAGUUUGCUGCUGUGAUAGUGUCUGAACAAUUUGCUGGAAAAGCAUUACUUCAGCGACAUCGUUUGGUCAAUUCAGCACUUCAAGAAGAACUUAAGACAAUCCACGCAUUUUCUCAAAAGACCUUUACUCCUGAACAGUGGGCAGCGGAACAGUAAAACUUAAUAAUCCUUUUUUUCACAUUAAAAUAAGAAGAAAGAAAGGAAAUCUUUUUUGUUUGAACUCAAGGUCCUAUUAAACAUUCAAUUACUAGAAAUAAAAAUCAGAAUCAUCACAAGAAUUGCUUACCUAAUCAAAUUUACAUCGAAUCCAGUCAACUAAUUCCUUAACAUCAUCAAAAAUGCCCCAAAAUUUCCAAGUCUCAGCUCCUGGGAAGAUAAUUCUCCAUGGAGAACAUUCCGUUGUCUACAAUAAGCCUGCAAUCGCUGGACCAAUUGGAUUAAGAACUUAUUUUAACUUUGAGGAGACAGCCGAAGAAUUUAUCGAAUUUAAUUAUGUACGACUAGAUCUAAACUGCCGCAUGAGCCUCAAAAAUGCUAAUUCACUAUUGUCUGAACUUGAUUGCUGUGACUCUGUUCAGCCAAUGGAUUUCCUACAGAAAUUUAGAGGAUGUAAGGAUUUUAUACUGAAAUUUGUAGAAUUUGGAGAUAAACAUUUAGACAAUAAGGAGGAAAUGGCAAUAGGAUCAACUCUUUACAUCCUCAACAGGAUUCUACGUCAUGAAAAAGUCAAGACAAUCAAAAAUUCUUUCAGCGUUAAAGUUGAUUCUGACAUAAGCAUUGGUGCUGGUGUUGGAAGUUCUGCAAGUUAUGGUGUCUGUCUGUCGGCUGGCUUCUUCAUCCUCUCACAAAUACUCAACGGGAAAUUGGAUGACAAAAAAUUCUCAGAAUUCAGUUUCGAUGGAAAUCACACAAUACUCGAACAAAUCUCACAAUGGGCAUUCGAUUCUGAAGUCAUAAUGCAUGAGAAGCCAUCAGGGAUCGAUAACACGAUCUGUACUUAUGGUCAACUUAUCAAAUUCAUUCGCGGUCAAACACCUCAACCGAUUAAAAUGAACGGUAAAAUUGACAUUCUAUUAGUUGACACGAAAGUAUCGCGCAGUACGAGUCACAUUGUUGGUAAGGUCGCAAAUUUCAGGAACAAAUAUUCGAACGUUUCGAAUUCAAUUUUUGAUGCUAUGGGACAUUUGGUCAACGAUGUCGUAACGCUGUUCGAAAGUACAAAGGAAUGUGAUGAAAAAUAUCAGGAACUAAGCCUACUCGUGUCCGUAAACAACAACUUAUUACGUUCUAUUGGCGUGUCACAUCCACGACUUGAAAAAGUUUUUCAUAUUGCUGACUCAUUCGAUUUUAAAGCCAAAUUAACAGGAGCUGGUGGUGGUGGGUGCUGUUUUGUUCUACUUCCACCGAAUUAUGAGUCAUUGGAAAAUUAUGGGAAAUUAUGCGAGGAACUGACAGCAUAUAAUUAUCAAAUCAUGACAACAGACAUUGUUGAUGGCAGUGGGGUUGAAUUUAAGAGUCUAAAUUGAAAUAUUUUAGUUUUUUGAUACGGGUAUUAGUUGAAUCAUAUUGAUAGAGUAUUAGCUUCAAUUCGGUGAUGGUUGUGAAUUAUCUUUUUAGUAUUUAUGAAUGAAUUAUUGUUGAUGCACAAAAAUUAUUAUUGGAAAUGGGCAAAUAAAAAAGAUUUUCUCUCGGAAAAAAUUA